CCAAAAAUAUUGCUAUGGAUAUAAAGAAAGGAGCCACAGACAGCCACUUCUUCAAAACUGAGAGAGCAAUUAUCGUUCAGUACUGAGCCCUCCUGGCCUUAGUUGAGGCUGACCCAAAAAGGAGAGAGGAAAAGAAUGAGUAGUUUGAGAAAAAAAUCAUUUCUGAAAAAUGUUACCAAAAUAUGAACACUCUGUAUUAAGGGGUAAUAGGAAAACGCAAACUAUUUAGUGAACCGUUCCUUGAUGUGUAUUUGCACUAUUCUAGAAACAACUGAGAAAUCAUGAAGGGUUUAUGUACCAUCACAUAGAUUGUAUAAUCUCUCAUCACAUAACAUGAUGAAAAAUCAUAGAAUUAAAUAAUUUUGCAAUCAAAAACAUUCAAUCAAAAAAUUAAAAACUGAGAGCUUUGUCACUUUAUAUGCACUCUCCAUGUGAUUCAUUCAUUAAGACUGGGUGUAUCAUUAGAAGAAGACUGAAAAAGCUGACAAUGAUUAAGGACCACAAUCACAAGGAAUGGCAGUGAUUUACUGGUUGAGAAUAACACAACUUAACGGUGAGGAAGACUGUGAAGAGGAGAACAGAAAAGAAGAAGAAGGCCCUCUAUGUAUGGACCAACAAGGCAACAGUUUACAUUCAGAAAAGAUGACGCAUUCACCUCUUCAGUUUGUGGCGGGAAAAAAGGAUGAAAUUGAAGCAGUUAUGGAUAUAUUUGAAAAAGGAACUGAAGUCAUUGUGGAAGUAGUUGGGGAGUUAUUUCCAAUAUUUCAGGUUGUAGCUCCUGUUGUUAAACUUGCUCUGGAUAACAUGGAAAGCAAAGAGGCAAGGUUUAUGAAAGAACAAUUUCAGAAAAUUGAGGACGAAUUGGGUGAAAUUUCAGAUGAACUCAGAAAUAUCAGCAAUGAACUUGAUAAAACUCGAAUGGAAGAAGAAUGCUUCACUAUUGAAGAAGAUCUCAGAAACCAGUUUGAGAAUUACAUUGAAUUCUUAAAUGUUGGCAAAAAUUUCAAGAAAGCCAAAAGAAAAGUUUUCCUUGAUCACUUUGAGGCCACUAAAGGAGAGGAUGGACUAGAGACUCUGUACCAGGCAGUUAUGGAAGAAUACACCUUUGGAAAAAGUAUACUGAAAAUAGUAAUGGAGUAUCAUAAAAGAGACAGACGCAUCUUAGAAGAUUUCUGUGCCCGUCUUAUAAAGCUUUUCUUUAUGGGUAUUAUAUCUCUCUUGGCCUAUACUGCACUUAAAGGAAAUGAAGAGGACGAAACUCCUGAAAGGUGGGAAGAGAAGAUGGAAGACGUCGAAGAGAUUAAAAGAAAGUGGCAGGGAAAAAUGGAGGCCAUUGAAAAGAAAAUCAAAGCAGUGGUUGAGGACUGCAAAACCAAUUUUGCACAGCAGGCAAAAGAAGAUACUGAGCAGCUUCUUCGAGGCAACAAAGAAAUUAAGAGCAAGGAGUUCACUGAUAACGUCCUUGAAUUUUUAAAAAAGAAAUACUAUUGGGUGAGCUGGUCUGUGAGGGUCUAUUACCACUCAGUCAAUUGGUUUAAAGAUUUUAGAACAGGUAAAAAUUACCAUAACAUCACUGGGUCUAGUCAUUUUGAAUUUUCUGACAUUAACAAUGUCAAUGUGGUUGUGUCCUAUUGUGUUGAACCAAAAAUUAUUGACAAAUCUAAAGUACGACAAUUGAUUGAGGAGCAAAAAAAGGACAACAACAUGGUAGCAGUCACACAAGUAUUUGCAGAAAGUUUCCCAUCCUGUGUGGUACAUGCAGUGAACCAUCAUAAAGAUGUCUAUGAAUCAAGCAAUUUUCAGCCAGAGUACUACUAUUCAGGACAAUUUAAAAAUUGUGUUCUUUGCAUUCAUUCAGAUUAAGAAACACAGUAGUUCUACCUUACUGCUAUAUCCAACUAAAAGUAACUUUAAGUUAACUUUAUUUUCUUGCAAGUAGUGGAAAAGGUGUUAUUGUUACUGUGGCCACUUCAAAAGCCUCCUGAAAUAUUCACUUCAGAAAUUGGUUCAGAUUGUAUUUUUAAUCAUUUUCUGUUGUCAUUACUAUGCUCUUGGUUUUUUCUUUACAAUAUUAAUUAAUUACAUACUAUAUGUAGAUUCCUCUAGGCAGAACAGUCUAAUCCAGUAAAUUCUGAAAAAUGUACAAGUGUUAAAACAUUUGUACAAAGAGAGCCCUUGACCCUUUAAUGGGAAUAUUUUAUCAAUUUAAGUAAAUCAUAGCAAUACCUAUGUAUUGCUUUAAAAUUUAUUUUUUCUUUAGAAGUUAUUUAAGCUUCAACAUAACAUACCUUUCAACUUAAUUUUCUUUUAAAAGGGGAAAUGUUUUGUUAUCGUUUGGUGCAAGUGUAAUAUAAUGCGUCUGGCUUUGUUGCAAGCAAUAUACUCUUCCGCCUCUCUAUGCUUCGACUCCAUUUUCAUUGCUGGGCUUCUGUGUACCACUUCCUUGUUCCUCAUGUUUUUUAUGGGCUUGUUCUAAUAGCCUAUUUUUAAUGUACAUAUAACUGAAUUUAGAUACAGAAAAUUAAAAAAAAAUCAGCAGAGGAAAGGAACCCUGCACUGGGUUUCAUUUCAAACGGGAAGGCCUGUCUUAUCUAUUUUAUUUUCUUUUAUUCUUUGUACAUAAAAAAUAUUCUUUGUGAUGCUAUUGCUCUUCAUUUGUCUUAUGUGAUUUUGACUGGAGCCACAGGAUGUGUCAUAAAUGUGCCUUUUGCAGUCUUUUGCUACUGAAAAUAUUCUACAGAUCUGUCCAGGAUUAAAGAACCUGUAAAAUGUUAUUUUACAUAUUUCCUUUUUAAAAAAAUGAUGUCACUGGUUGAGCUUAGGGUUUUUGAUUGGGGUAGGCCCAUUAGAGGCCCUGUGCUCUCUGGGGGUUUUACCUGGUGCCUGUGGGGUUGUCCAGUAACUGCUUAGUUGGGCUUAGAUUUCCCCUAACCUGGGGCUGCUGGGGCUUUCUUAGUUUCCCUUAUCCUCAGUCAGGCUUACUUUCUCUCCUCCACUGCUGGGGAUUUUGGAUUCCUUUCCUGCUGUCUUUCAUCCCCUUAUGUUAGACCACCAGUCUACAUUCUCUCUUGGGAUGUCUCAAGGGGCUCCCUGUCCCUUAGCUACCGUGGAGUGUGUCAGGUUUGCUGACUGAGAUGCUGGAUCAUGUCAGUUUAAAAGAGUUAAAAGAAUGAAAAUUGCUAGGAGUGUCACAAUUACCAACUGUGUGCAGACCUUCUAGUAUAGUCAUGACGGAGCGUGUGCUGUACGAAGGGUUAACAGCUAUGGCGACUUCAGCCUAAGUUUCACCCCUUUUUUUCUUUUUUACAUUUUAUUUUGGUACAUAUAGUACAGGAAAUCAGACAGAUGUGCUUCUCUUCUGUUUGCAAGACUUCUGUUUGCAAGAUCCAAACCAUGCGUGUUCCUUAUUCCUUGUUGCUGCAUUACAUGCAUUAUAUUUUCAGAUGAGCAUCCAUUGCUUGUCAGAUUUCCUGCAAACAGAGCCCAUUCCUACGAUUAAAGACAACGUCAAACUUGUUUUAUUUUAUUGUAGCAAGUCGUGGACUAGUUGUAGCGAGUCACUGAGCAUGUCACAUUAUGUAACCUGCUUCACAGGAGUGUGCCAUUGAUUGUCCGACUCGCUAGGAUUAUGUUAAUGAAGGCUAUAAUUGAAAAUUGCUGGAAAAGUCAUGUUAUAUGACAUAGCUUUAAGGUGUCAAUAUUUAUGUGUUCUGCUUGAAAACAUGAUACGUACAUAAUAUCUGUGUAAAAGAAGAUGACAAACUAUGCCAUGUUUGGCUAUUGACCCAACUAUCUUAUGCACCCAUUCCCAGUAAUUCAUCACAAUGAAACUCUAAAAAUGAAUGUAAAUGUUGAAAUAUAAUGUUUACAAACAAGAAGACUAUAAUAUCCAUAUUACUAACCGAGAAUGCUAAACCGGAUGAUGGACGCAGGCACAUCCGGCAAUGGGCCGUAGCUGCAAAAAGACGUACUGCGCAGGCGCAAAAAGAGUCCGCGAGAGUCGGCUGAGGAGCCGAGAAAGGCGGACAAAAGAGGGCGAGAGAGGCGGACAAGACCACAGAGAAAAGGAGUGAGCACAGGAAAAAUGGAGAAAUGAGGAAACGCAGGCAAAGCACGAAACACAUUGCACAGGAGACUAGACCCAAAAAAAAAAAAAAAAAAAAAGAGGCUCGCGCACAACAGCAAGGCACCCCCCCCCCUACAGGCACCGGACGGGACACACACCAAGAGGGGGAUUCAACAAGCCCAUGGAACACAAAAAAAAGAACACAAAACCACCCCACAGACCCUACAAGCAAGGGACGGGACACACACAAACAGGGGGAUUCAACAAGACACAGGAACACAAAAAGAAAGAAGACGCUCGCGCGACAACCCCUCAAACACACACACACACACACAUCCAUAAGAAGUGACACCCAAAGCCACAUAUUCUAAAGUGAACAUCAACACCUUCACACUAGACAGCAUAGGUGUCAGCAUUGGUGGAUCUCCUUACAAUAAAGCACUAUUAACCGUUCAACUGCAGAAAAGGAAACAUAUUAACAGUGACUGCGAUACUCCUUAUUACUUAUCCAUAUUUAGCAUGCUGAGAAAGAAACAAGUCAUGAAUACACGGUCACGGGUACAAAACGAAAAGGAAAGGAUAACAGGAACAAACACACGAACACGAAAGAAACAACAAAAUAGACGGCUAUGCAGCAUAGGUGGAUCUCAUUACAAUAAGGCACUAUUAACCGUUCAACCGCAGAAAAGGCUCCAUAUUAACAGUGAGUGCAAUACUCCUUAUUACUUAUCCAUAUUUCUAAAAGAAAAAAUGACUCGACUCCAAAAACGCAAAGCUCAACUAAAGCUUCUAACUAACGAUGUACCUAAAAGUAAAAACUUUACGAACUGCAUUAGAUCCUACAAUAGUUCAUUUAAUAUGCACAAAUCUACAUCCUAGAUCCACAUGACGCAAACUAUCAAUCAAAGUGCUGCAUCGCAACAGGCACGGAUUCAAAACGAAACACCUCCCGUCUCAGACAUACGUUAAUGGCAGCGAAGGCUACAACGGGCUUCUCACACAGCACAGACAAAUCGAUUACAGCUCCAAAACAACACGUCCCAAAUACUACACAUGCAACAACGCGCCUCUCAAACGGCACAAGCAAAACAUACACCAGGAAAAUUCAUUCGGAUUAAUGAAUGUCAUUUGCAAUCAUUGUCAUUCGGUUCACUUCCCUGAAGAAACAACUGGCAAUACAAGUUAUACAUUUACACGUUGUUGUCAAAAGGGUCAAAUUAGACUGCCUUCUUUACAUUCAUAUACUGAAUAUCUACAGAAGCUUAUAACUGACGAUGUACCUGAAAGUGAAAUCUUUGUCAACUACAUUAGAUCGUACAAAUCGGAAUCCACUAUGAACAUUAACGGUGGCACUGCACGUGACAUCCGUCUUGAAAAAAUGUUGUUUAUUGAUGAAAGUUCAAUGGCAUGAACAAACGUUUAUGAAUAAUAAUAUUCGAUUUGGAGGAAAGGUACUUUUAUGAGGAGGAGAUUUUAGACAGUGAUUAUCUAUUCUUCCAGAUGCCAUGCACUCAGCUAUUGUUCAGUGCACCUUAAAAUACGCAGACAAUUGGCAUUGCUUUCAAAAGAUACAGUUAGUAAAAAAGAUACGAUGUCCAGAACCAAAUCAUAACAAUUGCUUAUUACAACUGAGAGAUGGUACACUCACCAAUACAGAUGUACUUCAGCCACAUAUUAUUACAAUUCCUCAAGCCUUUAUCUGCGACAACUUAGUUACAGAGAGAUUUGGAACAGCAAUCUCAUUAGACCAAAUGCCCCUUUUAACACAACGCACUAUAUUAUGUCCAAAAAAUAUUAAUGUGGAAAACAUAAAUACCCAAGUCAUUCCAUUACUUCCUGGAAAGACACAACUCUUUCUAAGCUCUGACAAACUUGACUCUGAUCACAACAAUAAGCAUCUUAAAUGACCUUACAAGUUCUGAGCUGGAAUUACCUUUUACACUUAAACGGCGUGUACAAAGAAAUUUUCAAAUAAACCUUUACACUGUGCCACACACUUUAUUGUUUGCUUUCUAUUUGCAUCAUCUACACCGUCACACUAUUCUAUAUCUCAUUCAUACAUCACGCUCUUUGUCAUUCCCAACACCAGGGGUUGGCGAGCGAAGCGAGCAGGGGGCGGAGCCCCCUAGUCAGUAGAGAACCAGAAAACAAAUACAAAUAAGUUCAACACCUCAGAUACUCUCGAUGAAAAGAAAUGCUUCCUGCUUUCAUUCACUAAUGGUGUUCUUAAUUCUAAUGAAUGACAUUAAAUGCAGAUUACACAAAUUUCUUAGAAGUAAACUGCUGGAUUAAUUGUUUUUAUUCUACAAAGAGUAUUGAGCAUGUUGAUUAGGUUUUUCAAAAGACCUCCAAAAAGAUUGAGUGAUAUGCCCUUUAAAUUUUGUGUUUUCAGUCAGAUUUCAUAAUGAAGAAAUUGUCAUUUUUGUGGCCAACUGGGACUUUAAAUUGGAAGUUAACAUGUUACUCAUUUGGUAAAUUACUCAAAUAAUUGUAAUGUAAAAAAUAUCUGUAUAUACGGUACAUGGCUUGUUUUAUUCCAAUUGGUACAUUGUUUAGAAGCACUAUAAAGGAUAAAUUCUGUUUGUUUAUUCUUUUAACUGUGGCUUAUUUUACCUACAGUAUCUGUUAACAUUUUGGGUUCUGUUCUCACAUCUGCUUAACUAUAAUAGAUUUACAAAAUGACAUGUUACUGAGUGAAAUAUACUACAUAAGAACAUCAAAUUCUUAAUUACUACACAUCUGUCUCUCAUAAAAUAAUACGCUUUUUGUUAAUCAACAGUGGUUAAUAAUUGCACUGUAAAAUGCAUUGGAACAGAAAACAUUAUCAAAAGUUCUCUAUAAAAUAAACAUUGACUAAUUUAUUAA